UGCUAUAAUAAUAGUACAUUGCAGGAGCCAAAAUUGGGUGCUAGCGGUGAGGCGAAAAGGGCGCUGUUGCAAAAGAACAAGAAAUGGGUAAUGGCACGAAUGGGUUGCCUUAUGGCACCAGCAAAUACAGUUACUCCUGAAACACAGGCACAAUAUUUGGAAGAAGCAAAAGAAACAGAACGAAAAAACACUGCCUCAUUGAAAAAAUAUGAGCAAUUUGAAUUGGAAAAGAAAAAAAAGAAUGAAAAAACGAAUGUCAUCCGGAAGGUGCAACCACCCUAUGUUCGCAUAGUUGAUGGCCCAAAUGGCAAAUGGAUGAUAAAGCUUCUGUGCUCCGUAACUUCACGCCCUGCAAAAUACAAGGAUCCGCUGACCGAUUUACCGUAUGCAACACCUGGUGCAUUCAAAUUGAUUCGUGAAAAAUAUACGGAAUUCCUGAAAAAAAAGGGCAUCGAUUAUGGAAAUGUGGAAGAUUGA